GUCUUCGUAUCCUCAUAUCACAUUCCACGCCCAGAGGCCAAGAACCAAAAAAAUUAGGGCUUCUGAUCACCCGAUCAGCGAUGGCGAUGCAAACUGGUGUAGGGGUUUCAAAGAUCCUGAUCCUGGUUGGAGCAGGAUACACCAGUACGAUCUUGCUCAAGAACGGCAAAUUGUCGGAUAUAUUGGGUGAACUUCAGUCGUUGGUGAAAGGAUUGGAGAAAAAAGGGGAUUCAUCAAAUGGUGAAGCUGACUAUUCUGAUGCUAUUGCUGCCCAGGUCCGUCGGUUAGCAAUGGAGGUCAAACAACUUGCCUCAGCUCGACAGAUAACUGUUCUAAAUGGGAAUUCUGGCCAAAUUGGCAACAUAACAUCACUUGCAAUCCCAGCUGCCACCUUGGGGGCAUUGGGAUAUGGUUACAUGUGGUGGAAGGGUCUUUCAAUAUCAGAUCUUAUGUAUGUAACGAAGAAGAAUAUGGAAACUGCGGUUACAAACUUGAAAAAGCAUCUGGAGCAUGUCUCAGACGCUCUUUCUGCAACAAAAAGGCAUUUGACACAGCGAAUUGAGAAUUUGGAUGGAAAACUGGAUGAGCAGAAGGAGAUCUCGAAGUUAAUUAAGAAUGAGGUUACUGAAGCUCGUGGUGAUAUUUCUCAAAUUGGCUUUGACUUGGAUUCACUACAGAGGAUGGUCUCUGGAUUGGAUGGGAAGAUAGGUUCAUUGGAAUAUAAGCAGAAUUUUGCAGUUGAGGGUGUGGUGUACCUGUGCAACGCUGUUAAUGGAAGAAGUGUACCAAUGUCUGAAACUAUGCUGAAACAGCUUAAACUGCCUGGCAAGUCCCACGGUUUACUCACAUCUACAGAAGCUCCAAGUUUCCAGGGUCUUAAGGAGAUCGCAGGCAGUAUAAUAUCUGAAAAUUCUAGAUCUUCAAAUGGUAUCAUGCAAGAUGGUGUUGAUAAAUUGGAUGAUCAGCCAAGGAGCCUGACAAGGACUUUUUCUGUGAAGUGUUGAAUACAGCAUUACUAAAUAAGAGCACCUCGGCAUGGCUGUGGGUUACCUUUGUACAUUUGACAAAUUGUUGGGUGACAUUUGUCACCCCAUCGAGUAAAAUAUGAUACAUAAAAAGAAAUCAUGGAGAUAAUGGUUUCUCUCUUGAUUCGUUUUCUAUGUGCUUGUUUGACAGUAUAAUACUAUAAUGUAACCAUCAUGCUGAUGAAGCAUGACUGUUGGGACUUUUUGGGGGACAAAAUUGGCAUUCUAUUUAAUUCCUUUACCCAGUCA